AUGGAUGUAAACAGCGCGCCCUCUGCCCCGGUCACGGUGGCUCCACCGAGCUCGGGGGCCGCGGAUUCUGGAUUUGAUACCCAGAUCGCGACGGCAGCGACACCGAUUUCGAUAUCGGAAGCUUCUUCGACGGCUUACAACGAGGCGAUUGGGGUGCUCGACUCAAUCACCGCGUACCACACAGCAGCACGACCGGAGAUGAACCUGUCUUUGACCAGAGAGAUCAAUCAAUUACCCGUGGAGAGACCACUAAGUGGUCACUUUAUGAUCUCCUCCUGCUCUGAUAGAGCAUACAUCCCGACACCAUUCAACACACCUCGCACGGUGACCGUACGAGAAUCACACCUUCCAAAAGCUUCUUCCAGCAGAGGAAAUGAGAAGCCGGCUCUCAAGAAGGUAGCAACUCGUCUCCCAGGUGAUGGCUCGAGCGAGAAACCCUACCUCCGUGGAGGAGGCCCAAAGAAGCGUCUUGGUGGCGCAGCUGGUGGUGCUCGCAAGAAGCCUAAGCCUGACAAGUACGCGGAUAUCGAUCAAUUACUAUCUGACUUCAAGUCACCCAUCUUCCAAGCAAAUGCAAAUAUCAAGGCGGUUAUUACACAUCCAUUGGCAAAGCAAACGAUGGUUGAGCAAGGUGAACCAUACCCUUUCGACCAUAUGACUGGAGACGAAAUUGCAACCACAGCCGCAGACUUCAAAAUAGAUGGUACCUAUGGAAGAUUUGAGCCAGACUGGAUUUCACAAGCUCUGGUAGCAUCAGAAACCCGUGCAUCAGGUGGGUAUGAUGACUAUUUGGCCGCUCAAUUUGCAAAGCACUGGGCAGAGGAUGAAGAAGAACUCUCAGACGAAGAGAUGAAGGAUAUCGACGAUGCAAAGAAUGACAAGGAAAAGGAGAAGAAAUAG